GGCCCGUGAUCUAUUCCAAAAUUGUAGUGUUGGAGCGCUCAGGUGUGUUUAGCCCACGUGAUUCAACAUUCAUUGACCAUACCGGUUGCUUAAUUGAGAGUACUGGCCGGUAACCCGGCCUUGGAGUUCAGACAAGUUCUAUCCAGCCAUAGAGGGCAAAAGCUCCAAGGUCUAUCUCACCACCGGCACCGUCACCACCACCCUACCAUAUCCCAAGAUUCCCAAUCCCACAACUCUGCCUCCGCCUUUUCCGCCCCAUCACAGAACAAACACAACCAAAACAACAACGACAGCAACAACCACAAUGUCUUUUGAACCCCCCUCCCCCCCUUCAAUGCCUCGGAUCCGCACGCUACCUUCCUAAACUCCACCUGCCUGGACCUCCUCCUGAUAGAGCUAGUCCCGCUCGCGCACCGACUAUCCCAGCAGCUGGCUGAGACACCCAACGACGCGCUGCGCGCCGGUGUUGACGACGAGGAGGACGAAGUGCGCGAGGCGGUCUUCUACCGCCUCGAGAUGCUGGGAUAUCGUGUGGGGUACGGCCUUGUGGAGCGCUUUUCGCGCGAUAGGCCGCGCAUGAACGAUACGCUCGACGUUAUCAAGUUCGUAUGUAAGGAUCUUUGGACCAUCGUUUUCAGGAAGCAGAUUGAUAACCUGAAGACUAAUCAUCGGGUUUGUUUGUUUCUUGCCCAUUUUUUCCCCUCUGCUUUGUUUGCUCGCUUGCUUUACCUGGCGGGGUGUGUGUAUGGGGAGGGGGGGGCGGGCGCAGUGGGGAGAUGAUUUAUUUAUUGAUUGGUUGGUUGGUUGGUUGAGCUGUAGGGGGUUUACGUACUCACGGAUAAUUCGUUCAGACCCUUCUCCAGGAUGAGUGCGGAGACAGGGGGGAAUGCAGUUGCUAGGGCCCAGCCAGUGAGUCGCGCGGUUUUCCUUUUGUUAGGUCUUGGGAUAUCCAGGGCGGGACUGAUGACGAUCUCUAGUUUCUCUGGUUCCCUUGUGGCAUUGUCAGGGGAGCUUUGGCAAAUAUGGGGGUUAACGCGAGUGUCCAGGCAGAGACGACGGAGCUGCCAUCUGCUACCUUCAAGAUAGAGACCUUGACGAAACCUGUGGCGUAGAUUUGGUCUCAUUUUCUUCUGUUGUGUCCUGUUUUCGCUUCCCCUUUUACUUCUAUCAUAGCACGAUUAUGGCGCUAGUGGGAUAGAUUUAGAUUUGAUUGCGCUGAUUCCUGAGCUCCCAUUUGGAGGUAAGUGUGGCGCUAUCUGGGCACCGCACUUUAUUGGAUACUAGGAAGUGGCUGAAUGUGGGGUGUUUUCAAAUUUCUUUGGUCAUUUAAGUCUGGUGUUAGUUCAGUAGCUCACUAUUGUGGUUUUACAGAUGCAAAUAUGGGCACUCUUUAGAAUUUAUCAUUGCAUAUAG